AUGGAACAUCCUACUUCAUUUCUAUGUUCAACCUGCAAACAAGUUAUCCAAGCUGAAGACGGAUUGCGAUCUAAACACAUUCUUUUUGAUGACGUCGAAAAGCUAUGGGUCGUUACCCCUGAACGCCAAAGCUUCGAGAGCUUCAGGAGGGCGGCUUCAAACAACUGCUUCAUUUGCUCCAUUUUAUGGAAUCACGACCAUCUCUUAGUUGCACCAGAAGUAUGGGCGACCGUCUGGAAGCCAAUCAAAUUCCAAAUCCUCCAGCACAAGAAUAGGAUGCGUGUUGACGUUGCUCAAACCGUGGAUCAGACAGUUGUUGUGGCGUUUCGACAUCCAAACUUCUGGUCUGGCACUGUUGACGUGCAUAUCAUGAUUCAUUUGAAUCGCCUUCAAGAUAGCCCUUUACCAGAGUUUCCGAUGAUCUUGGCAGGCAGCACUGCCUCCCCUUCAUCUCUGAACCAGGCUCUCAAUUGGUUUCAGAAAUGCAAAAAGAAUCACGGAAAAUGUCGAAGCCCCCCAACUGCACGACCAGGAUGGCUACCGACUCGCCUGAUCGACAUUGGCAUUCCAGGCGAGCCUGACUGGAAGCUUCGAAUAACGAAAGACUUGGAAAAGACAACCCCGUUGGAAUAUAUGACUCUGAGUUACCGCUGGGCACCCAACCCUGAGCAUUUACUGCUAUCUGAAAAUAUUAACGACCUUCAAGCUGGCUGGCCGGUGAAAACAUUACCUCAGACCUUCCAGGAUUUCAUACUUGUCGUCCGUCAGUUUGGGGUCCGAUACGUAUGGAUCGACCGUCUGUGCAUCAUCCAAGAUGACGAUGAGGAUUGGAAAGCGGAGGCACCGAUGAUGGCUAGUGUCUACAGCAACUCGAUGUGCAAUAUUUGUGCAUCUGCUUCAGACGGUCCAGACGGAGGGCUUUUUCGAUAUCGUGCAGCCAAAGGCAUCGCGCCGGGUAUUGUGGACACAACUUUGACCAUCGCGCCAACAACCUGCCCAGUGCGGUGUUACAUAUACCGACGGAGGUACUGGGAUGAUCACUUGCCGGAAUCUCCGUUGCAUUGCCGCGGUUGGGUUUAUCAAGAGCGAUUUUUCGCAUCGCGGAUCGUCUACUUCUCGUCUCAACAAAUCAUGUGGGAGUGUCUCCAAGAGAGCGGAUGUGAAGGUUUUCCGAGAGGAGAUGUCAACCCUUACCCAGCCGACCAUAUGAAGGGAUUCAAGACGCUGGGAAGCUUGGCUGAUCUCGUAUCAGGCCCAACAGGGUUCAUGACGACCGAAUUGCUCAACGCCUGGGAGGUUUCCGUUGAGUCUUACUCGCGUUGUCAGCUUACGAGACCUGAAGACAAGCUUUACGCAUUCUCGGGACUUUCAAAGCUCUUCCAGCAGGCCACUGGAGAUAGGUUUCUGGCGGGCAUGUGGCAAUCAGUUAUUGUGAACCAGUUGUGCUGGUACACGCACGGAAACCUACCCAGCCCGUCAGAAUAUCGAGCGCCCUCCUGGUCAUGGGCUUCCGUCGAUGGACCGGUCUUCUCGCGUUCUGGCGACAGCCUUCUAGGCGGAGAAAAGAUGGUCAAAGUGAUUGACUUGGAUGUCACCACGGAGGGCCCAGACUCAACAGUUGAAGUUAAGAGUGGAUUCCUUCGCCUGAAAGGCACUAUGUUCAUCACGUAUUGCUGGACAGACUACGGCGAUCAUGGAGGGGAAGUGGCAGUGGGUGAAUAUCUUGGGCGUCGCGGUGAUAAAAGCAGAAACAUGAUGCUCUUUCCGGACACCACUGAUAGGGUACUACAAAAAGUAGGGAGGAUGAUACUGCUGCCAGUUAUGCGGUUUCCUACCGGAGUCGAAAACUCGGCACCGGCUCAUUUGCCGCGCCACCAUGUCGGGUGCUUGGUAUUGAGCUCAUGGAAGCACCCUACAAUGGGAGAUAUUUACCAGAGAUCUGGGUAUGUCUUUACCAAAAAUGUUUUCUGGAAUGCAGGACCGGCUGUGACAGAUGGAGUGUUAUUUGAUAGCAUUGUAGAAAAUGCCGAAGUAACUAUCAUUUAA